GCAGGCUUGGGGGGCCCUGGGUAUGGUCUUGGAGGCCCGGGUGGCUUGUACGGCUUUGUACCUGGCGUACCUGCCGCGCCUGGUCUUCCUAAUUUCCCAAGGGAUCCACGACAUGGCCUCUUUACCCUGUUUUCCUCCACUUCACCCUCUCCUUCUCCCUCUUCUCAGUUUCUCCUGGUCAUCGAGCUCUUCAUUCUCGUUCACCGCGUUGAUUCCCAACUAGAGAGUUCGCUCUCACUUACACUCUUUUGAAUCCGAAUCAGCCAACACUCGUUAUCCUGUAAUCACCUAGUACGAUUUUCUCCGUUUCGAUCACUAUCAACACGCGACAAGACACGCCAUAUAUCGAAACGAUUCUCGAUUCUGACUGCACUACUCGCGAGAAAAGGGUGAGUGAGUGGUUGUGACGGGGGAAAACGCCUCCCGAUUGGGGGUCUACACCAAAGCGAUUCGGGGCAAAACGCGCAACACAGCAUCGCAAGAGAAAACACCACCUUGCGCGCGGCAUUGAAAGCGAUGAACAAAAAAGCAACUGCAUCGUUGAUGUUGUAGUUGUUCUUUUUGCCAUUUUCACGCUCAUUCAUUGCCUGAUGAUGCAGCGUCUCACCGCCCCCCCUAUGAAGCGCCUUUUGUGUACCCUCCAACGCAAUUGAGGUUCAAGUUGCGCUAACACGUACUCUAGAUUAUCAACAUCAAUCGACAAUAUGAGGUCCAUCAUUAACCUCGCCAUUGCGGCAUCCUUCGCCGCCGGUGUUGUUGCUCAACCCCACAACCACCGUCACCGCCACGUCAAGAGGGACACCGCUCUCGACCAGCGCGACGUUGUCGUCGUGUACGAGUCUGGCCCGACUGUGGUCGCCUACGAAUUGGGAGGAAAGCCUAUUAGUGAAGAGGAGGCUAAGAAGGGCAUCGCCGAUGGCCUGUUCGUUGUCGUCGGCGAGACCAACCCCUCCUCGACCCCUCUGCCGUCGGCCUCGACCUCCAAGGCCCCCGUGGCUUCCACUUCUAAGGACGCCCAGUUCUUCGAGGCCAAGGUUGCGAAGUCUUCCACCUCGUCCACCCCGACGCCUACCCCGACGCCGACUCCUACCCCCACCCCGACCCCGACGCCUUCCUCCACCUCUACCCAGGCGCCCGCUUCCACCAAGGCCUCGAGCGGAGGCUCCAGCAGCUCCGGAGGCAAGGGCCUGACCGCCGAGUUCCCCAGCGGCACCAUUCCUUGCUCCCAGUUCCCCUCCGACUACGGCGCCGUUCCCGUCGACUAUCUCGGCACCAACGGCUGGACUGGUAUCCAGAGAACCCCCAACUACAGCGUCGGUGACGCCGCUAUCUCCUUCAUCGAGACUGCUGUUGCCUCUGACGGCGGCUGCUCCAAGAACUCCUUCUGCUCCUACUCUUGCCCCGUUGGCUACCAGAAGACCCAAUGGCCCACCGCCCAGGGCUCGACCAAGCAGUCUAUCGGUGGACUUUACUGCAACGCCGAUGGCUACCUCGAGCUCUCCCGCCCUACCAAGAAGACCCUCUGCGAACAGGGAGCCGGCGGCGUCUUCAUUCAGAACGACCUCGACGAUAUCUCCUGCGUCUGCCGUACCGACUACCCCGGUACCGAGUCCAUGGUCAUCGCCACUGUUCCCCAGCCUGGCCAGCAAUUGGCUCUCACCAACCCCGCCUCCGCCGACUACUACGUCUGGAACGACAGCCCUACCACCGCCCAGUACUACGUCAACAAGCUCGGCUACGGUGUCGAGGAUGCCUGCGUCUGGAAGAGCUCCAAGGACCCUCUUGGAGCUGGUAACUGGGCUCCCGUCAACAUUGGUGUUGGCAAGAGCACCGACGGCAACACCUACAUCUCCAUCUUCAACAACGCACCAACAUCGACUGCCCAGCUCGAUUUCAACAUUGAAAUCACGGGUGCUAACAGCAAGUGUGCGCUUGUUGGCGGCUCCUACACCGGAGGUGGCACUGGCUGUACUACGGCCAUUUCCGGCAGCGCAAAGGCCAUCAUCAGAUUCUACAAGUGAAGAGCCCAUGACCAGCAGUUACCUGGCGUGGAUGUUUUUGCUUUUGUUUCUCGUGAAUACCUCUAGAGUAUCGACGGAUCGGCACCGACACGUCCGCUUACGAUCUUUGAUGGCCUUUUUCUAAUUUGUGUGCAUAUUUUUCAUGCUGUGGAGACGUUUGGAGAGGAAAAGUUGGAGCGAUGGAUAGAGGACGAGUUCAACAGCCUGAGGGCGCAACUGGAACUACCCCGGAAUCACGACAAGCCGAGACAGACAUCUCCUUUCUAUCGGCGAAUUCGGCCCAUGUCAACUCGAGCCACGACCUGCGACGAUGCCUUACGAUUACCUUUAUGAGGUGUUUUCUUUCGCGGUUGGGUGCCGACGUUUUGCCGCAAGACAGAGUACAACAGGAAACAGUUAGUAGGGGGUUAGAGAUGGUGGAUACUCGACUCGGGUAGUUUGCAUAAGAAUGGACGGGAAGAUUUGGGGAAGGGCAGAGUUUGAACGGCAGCCCUCGCCGGCACAUUGUCACCAUGACGCAUCGUUUUCUUUGUCUAUCGCUGUUUGCCUUGCUACCGUGCCUGUAUUGUUUUCGCGGGUGGUCUCAUGACGAGCGUAGCCCGCGGGCGUUGGGGGUACCCUUAUAGCCGCUUCGUGUAUUGCCGACGCACCGUUAGUUUUUAAUUUUACUGCUCACGACUACUCUAUCUUGCCCUCGCCAACCAAGAUUGGUUUAGCAUCCGUAAAAGACAAUCAUCGGGA